GCGUAGGACGGGACCUUCCUGAUAAUUCAGCAGCCGAGCAAAGCGACAAGACGACACCGCGCUCACUUUCUCCCACCGAGCUGCCGGCGUUCCUCAUCUUUUUCAUCGUUGGAACGUGGACCUGCGCAGACACUUCAUUAGGAAACGUGACAAGCGAAGAUGGGCGAAUGGGAUCUUCUGGGUCGCCUGUUGGACAAAGUGCAGACUCACUCCACCGUCAUCGGAAAAGUCUGGCUCACGGUUCUCUUCGUUUUCCGCAUCCUGGUCCUGAGCACGGGCGCCGACAGGGUGUGGGGCGAUGAGCAGUCGGACUUUGUGUGCAACACCGAACAGCCGGGCUGCGAGAACGUGUGCUACGACAGCGCCUUCCCCAUUUCGCACGUGCGCUUUUGGGCCCUUCAGAUCAUCGCCGUGGCAACACCCAAGCUGCUCUACCUGGGAUACGUCCUGCACGUCAUUCACGCUGAGAAGAAGUUGAAGGAGCGCAUGCGGAAGUACGCGGAGCGCGACGACCAGGCCUUGUUGUUCCUUCAGCGGAGUUUCAAGAUCCCAAAAUACCUCAAGAGUACGGGAAAGGUGAGCAUCCGCGGACGCCUGCUCCGCGCCUAUGUCGUCCACCUAGUGGCCAAGAUGGCCGUGGAGAUCGUAUUCGUGGUGGGCCAAUAUUACCUGUACGGCUUGACGCUGGACUCUCGCUACGUGUGCAUGAGUUCGCCGUGCCCCCACCGGGUGGACUGCUUCCUGUCCCGGCCCACCGAGAAGACCGUCAUCAUCUGGUUCAUGCUGGGGGCCGCGCUGCUUUCGCUCGCCCUGUGCUUGGUUGAGCUGCUCUACUUGUGCGUUAAGGCGGCCAAGGAAUGCGCGACCCGGCGGCGGGACUAUACAGUCACGCCCGUCACCCCGGUGCCAACUGCCUCUCAAGAGAAGGCGUACAUGCUGAGGGACGACGGCAUCACACAGAACGGAAUCAACAUUGACCUGGAGAUGACGGCAAAAGGCAACAUGGAGGAAGUGCAUAUUUGAGCUCUGUGUGUGUGUGUGUGUGUGUGUUCACUGGAAAAUAUUAAAUCAUAAUCAUAAAAAUCAUCUGGGAAAAGUGUUACGGGUGUUUACAU